CACUGCAAAGACCAUCUCCCUUGCAAAUCGCCUGGUGAGAAUCACUGGAUGACGUUUGGGCUGCUGUAUGAAGACCAAAUUGCAGGUUGGGGGCCUGGCCUCUGAAAAUGUGAGAUGGGCUGAAUCAGUGAAAGACUUCAAGCUGCAAGAGAGUGCACUGUGUGGAGAUGUCUUAUUGAUAACUGCGUUUGUCUCUUAUCUGGGUUACUUCAGCAAGAAAUACAGGCAGGACCUAAUGGACAGUGUGUGGAAACCAUACCUGCACCAGCUAAAAGUUGCAAUCCCCGUGACUCCCUCUUUGGAUCCUCUAAUGAUGCUGACUGAUGAUGCUGACAUAGCAGCCUGGCAGAAUGAAGGGCUACCGGCUGACCGCAUGUCUACUGAAAAUGCCACCAUCCUCACCAGCUGUGAGCGCUGGCCACUCAUGGUAGAUCCCCAGCUCCAGGGCAUCAAGUGGAUCAAAACCAAGUAUGGUGAAGAUCUCCGAGUGACCCGGAUUAGACAGAAAGGGUAUCUUGACAUGAUAGAGCAAGCCCUUGCUGCUGGCGAAGUUGUUCUGAUUGAGAACUUGGAAGAAUCUGUUGACCCAGUCCUAGGUCCAUUGCUUGGUCGUGAGACAAUCAAAAAAGGAAGGUACAUUAAAAUUGGAGAUAAAGAGUGUGAGUAUAAUCCCAAUUUCCGCCUGAUUCUCCAUACAAAGCUUGCGAACCCCCAUUACCAGCCAGAAAUGCAAGCACAGUGCACCCUCAUCAACUUCACUGUGACUAGGGAUGGCCUGGAAGACCAGUUGCUGGCAGCAGUUGUUAGUAUGGAGAGGCCUGACCUGGAAGAACUAAAGUCUGAUCUCACAAAGCAGCAGAAUGGAUUCAAAAUAACUUUGAAAACUUUAGAGGACAACUUGCUGUCCCGCCUCUCCUCUGCCUCAGGGAACUUCUUGGGGGAUACAACUCUAGUGGAGAAUCUGGAAGUCACCAAACAGACAGCUGCAGAAAUUGAAAAAAAGGUCCAGGAGUCCAAGGUGACAGAAACAAAGAUUAAUGAGGCAAGGGAGCAUUACCGUCCUGCAGCAGCCCGUGCCUCCCUGCUCUACUUCAUCAUGAAUGAGCUCAAUACCAUCCAUCCCAUGUACCAGUUUUCCCUAAAGGCAUUCAGUGUGGUCUUCCAGAAAGCAGUUGCAAGAGCCUCUCCAGAUGAAAACCUGAAAGAGCGAGUAGCCAACCUAAUUGAUAGCAUCACUUGCUCUGUGUUCCAGUACACAACUCGGGGUCUGUUCGAAUGCGACAAACUGACUUACACAGCCCAAGUCACUUUCCAGAUACUUCUGAUGAAUAAAGAAAUUAACGCAACAGAACUUGACUUCCUGCUGCGAUAUCCUGCCCAGCCAGGAGUUACCAGUCCAGUAGAUUUUCUGUCAAGUCAGUCAUGGGGUGGCAUCAAGGCUCUGUCAUCCAUGGAACAAUUUCGCAACUUGGAUCGGGACAUUGAGGGUUCUGCCAAACGCUGGAAAAAGUUUGUGGAGUCCGAGUGCCCUGAAAAGGAGAGGUUUCCCCAGGAGUGGAAGAAUAAGUCAGCUUUGCAGCAACUGUGUAUGAUGAGAGCCAUCCGUCCUGACCGCAUGACAUAUGCUGUCAGAGAUUUUGUGGAAGAAAAGCUUGGCAGUAAAUAUGUGGCAGGAAGAUCUCUGGAUUUUGCAACAUCAUUUGAGGAGUCUGGACCUGCAAUCCCAAUGUUCUUUAUCCUCUCACCUGGAGUUGACCCCCUGAAGGAUGUAGAGAAGCAUGGGAAGAAACUUGGCUACACAUUUAACAACAGGAAUUUCCACAAUGUCUCGCUUGGACAAGGCCAGGAGGUAGUGGCAGAGAAAGCCUUAGACCUCGCUGCAGCGGAGGGACAUUGGGUUAUCUUGCAGAACAUCCACCUGGUGGCCAAGUGGCUGAGUUCCCUGGAAAAGAAGCUAGAGCAGCACAGUGAAGACAGUCACCCUGCCUUUCGUGUCUUCAUUAGUGCAGAGCCUGCAGCUUCACCCGAGGGCCACAUCAUACCACAGGGCAUCCUCGAGAACUCCAUCAAAAUUACUAAUGAGCCCCCAACAGGAAUGCAUGCCAACCUCCACAAGGCUCUGGACAACUUCAACCAGGACACCUUAGAGAUGUGUACCCGUGAGAAUGAGUUUAAGAGCAUCCUAUUUGCCCUGUGCUACUUCCAUGCUGUGGUAGCUGAAAGACGCAAGUUCGGGCCACAGGGCUGGAAUCGUUCAUACCCCUUUAAUACUGGAGACCUGACCAUUUCGGUUAAUGUUCUGUAUAAUUACUUGGAGGCUAGUUCAAAGGUUCCCUAUGAUGAUCUGAGGUACCUCUUUGGAGAGAUCAUGUAUGGAGGACACAUUACAGAUGACUGGGACCGACGUCUCUGCAAGACCUACUUGGAAGAGUUCAUCAAGCCUGAAAUGCUGGAGGGAGAAUUCUUGCUGGCCCCAGGAUUUCCCCUCCCAGGGAACGUGGACUACAACAGCUAUCACCAGUAUAUAGAUGAUUCCUUGCCUGCUGAGUCUCCAUACCUUUAUGGCCUCCAUCCCAAUGCAGAAAUUGGCUUCUUGACCCAAACCUCAGAGAAGCUGUUCCACACUGUUUUGGAGUUGCAGCCUCGUGACACCAGCCUUGGAGAAGGUUCAGGAGCCACCAGGGAAGAGAAGGUGAAGGCACUGCUGGAUGAUAUCCUGGAGAAGCUACCUGAUGACUUUAACAUUCCUGAGUUGAUGGCCAAGGUGGAAGAGAGGACACCAUACAUUGUUGUUGCAUUCCAGGAAUGUGAACGUAUGAACCUCCUUACUAGUGAGAUCAGGCGGUCACUGCGGGAGCUCGACCUGGGGCUAAAGGGUGAAUUAACCAUGACUAGUGAUAUGGAGAUGUUACAGAAUUUCAUCUUCUUAGACACAGUACCUGAAUCAUGGACCAGGAGGGCUUACCCUUCCAUGGCUGGUCUGGGUGGCUGGUUUGCUGAUCUUCUCAACCGUAUCAAGGAGCUGGAGACAUGGACUGGGGACUUCAUGCUACCCUCUGUGGUGUGGUUAGCAGGAUUCUUCAACCCACAGUCUUUCUUGACAGCUAUAAUGCAAUCCACAGCCCGAAAGAAUGAGUGGCCUCUGGACAAAAUGACCUUGCAAUGUGACGUGACUAAGAGGAACCGAGAGGAUUUCACCAGCCCCCCACGGGAAGGUGCAUAUGUCCAUGGCUUAUUCAUGGAGGGUGCACGCUGGGAUAUGCAGACAGGGUUGAUUGCUGAUGCUCGGCUAAAGGACCUGACUCCAUCAAUGCCAAUUAUUUUCAUUAAAGCCAUCCCUGUCGACAAACAAGAUCUCCACAACGUGUACCCAUGUCCUGUGUACAAAACCCGCCAACGGGGCCCAACCUAUAUCUGGACCUUUAACCUGAAGACUAAAGAGAAACCAUCCAAGUGGGUUUUGGCAGGAGUGGCACUCUUCCUGCAAAUUUAGACUCCAGUUCACACCCUCGUUUCCUAACAGACUCCUCAGUAAAGUCACUGCUUCUUAGCUGGAAAUUUUUCACAGAAUGGCUACCCAAUCUUGGGUCACAUUUGUGUGUUCAACAUUCAAAGAGUGAAGCACCAUGUGUUCAGUUGCAUAUGUGUGUGUGAGCCUUAUCAGAUUACACUUCAAGUUUAAUAGAUUUUUAUUCUGCCCUUCAAAUAAAAUUCACCAAUGUGGCUGACAUACAAUAAAAAUACAAUAUAAGUACAUUCUAAUAUAUUAAAAUUUAAUCUAGCCAGUAAACACAGCAUAAAACCCAAUCUACUUAGCAUUAGAAAUUCUUUAAAGGCUUAAGAAAAUUAAAAGGUCUUUGCCUGCUGCUGAAAGUAUAGCAACACAGGCACCAGUGAGGGCAUUCCAUAUAGACAGGCUGUCACCAGUGAGAAGUCUCUCUCAUUGCCACCUGCCAUGUCUCAUUUGAUGGUGGCACCAAGAGAAGAUCCUUCAAUGAUGACUUCAGGAAAUAGGCAGGAUGAUAAGGAAAUUGGCAAUCCUUUGGGUAACCUGGUCACAAACCAUGAAGGGCUGUAAAGAACAAUACCAGUACUGAAUUGUAGCUGGAAAUAGCACAAAACCUUUGUACCUUCUAGCCAUUACCACAAAUGUCUAGUUUUCCAAUGAAACUAGCCCACAUGUGAGGCUGCAACUCAUCCAGUGGUGAGUAAUCAAAUGAUACAUAUGCUUGUGUGAACCGCCAUAGAGGUUGUGUUUAUACCAUCUUUUUAUACAUAGACAUAGUCUCAAGAAAGAUUUUUAAAAAUUUAGAUCUUAUAAAGUUAAGGUUACACAGAAAAAAAUGUCACCAUGACAGCAAGGAAAAAUUUUCUGGCUUUUUCUUCCCAUAAAAAAGAUUUUAUAAAUGCAUCCUGAGAGGCAUUGUCCUGAAACAGAAUAGUGCAUCUGAUGUAGCAAGAUUGGUUUAAAGAGGCUGCUGGGCACUGAACACCUUUGCAGAGAAAAUAUAGAUACAGGUGAUGAUCUCCACUUGUACAAAUGUGAAUGUUUCCUUUUUCUCUAGUGGAAUUGAUCAUGUACACUACAGGGUGACACACUGGGUUUUCCCACACACAGAGGAAGGAUUAAUUCUCCUUCAGCUACCCCUGAAAAAUGAUUAUCUUGCAGACAAAGCCAGUUAAAGAUUUGCCCUCACAUCAUGCAACAUUGUGAGGCAUAAAGGAGCAAAGUCUGACACCCUUUCUUUACAGAUUGUUCAUUUUUACAGAAGAUUACACUCUUGAAAUGCUGAGAGGGAAGUGAGUUUUCACAAAGCUAUUAAACAAUGUGAAGCCUGUAGUGAGGGAAGUAAACUUGUCAUUUAAGAGUGGUGUAAGUUUCCUAAUAAAACUUUGUGUCUGGUAAUUGCCUUUUUUGAAUGCUAACAGGGCUGUCUUGAUGUAGCUGCUUUCAGGACAACCUACAAGUUAAUGUGGUGUACUGCCAGCUGGUUGGGAAGAUGGGCAGAGUCAAGCAUUACUGAAAUCCAUGACAGGUUGGC